AUGCUCUCCAGCCUGAGCACCAAGCUCGCCCUCAAAAAACUCGGCCUCCCCAGCAACACCCUCGACUUCUCCUCCUCGUCGCCCGCCGCCUCUUCGUCCUCCCGCGACCGCCGGCGCGACGACACCCACGAUGACGACAAGUCUCAGGGCUGGGGCUCGUCAUGGCUCUCCGUCCGCUCGCUCCCGCUGACGACACAGUCGUGGCUGUCGCCCCCGCCUGCGGCCGUCCCCGUCGGUCGCGUCCCCCGAAUUGGCGACCUGGCGCCGCGGGAUCCGGACGGGAAGCUGCAGCUCGGCGGCGGGAGGAGGGUGCUCGUGGUGUUUCUGCGCUGCGUGGGCUGCGCGUUCGCGCAAAAGACCUUCCUCUCCCUCCGCACCCUCGCCAACCGCCACGCCAGCCUCAUCACCUGCGUCGCCGUCUCGCACGCCUCCCCCGCCGCGACCGCCAAGUGGCUCGACCUCCUCGGCGGCGCCUGGAACGUGCGCGUCCUCGUCGACGAGCGCCGCGCCCUCUACGCCGCCUGGGGCCUGGGCGUCGCGGGGCUCUGGCACGUCCUCCACCCGGCGGCCCAGGCCCAGGCGUGGCGCGAGAGCGGCUGGCUCGGCGACCGCGUCGCCGAGGCGAUCCAGCGUCGUGGCGGUGUGCAGUCCCAGUCGCAGUCUUCUGCUUCUGCCGCCGCCGCCGCGCGUGGCGACGUAGGCGGCGGCCGCGGGGACAAACGACGAAACGCCCUCCGAGGGGAGGGGAGGCAGAGGGGAGAUGAUGUGGCGGAGGAGGAUGAGGACGAGGACGAUGGGCCCUUGACUGUCAUGGGCAACAAGUGGCAGGAGAGCGGCGCCUUCGCGGUCGAUGGAAGAGGCACCGUCAUCUGGGGCGGCAAGGCGUUGAGAGCAGACGACCUCAUGGACCUCGAUGAAGGUGCCCGACUUCUGCUCAUGUAA